AUGAGCAUCUUGACUGUGACAUGGACGAUCCAUGCCAGCCAAGACCAGCUGAUCAGCUGGGCUUUGGGCGAUUUGGCUAUGAUUGCGCAAGAAGGUUUGGGAUAUGCAGCCGCUCUGGGAGCAAGGUGGCCGGAGAGUGAGACAUUCGCGGCAGUUCGCGAUUGGCUCCGGGGAAGUCCGAACUCCAUUGAAUCUGUGGGGGAGGUAUCGAAGUUGCACAACGUUCUGGACGGCCUGGAAGAGCGCCUCCAAAGGAGACUGUCUCAGUUCAUCUUCACGCCAGCUACUGUAAGUCUUUACGUUGGUGUGCCACAUGUUCGUGCUGCGGACGACAACGACGCACCGCCAUCAGCGAUGUCGACGAAAUUGGAUAGCGCCAUGGCCGCGGCGGAGGAUAUCCAGACCCGAGCGGUCUACAUGAUGCUCGCAGUGCGGAGCCAGGAGAAAUUGUCCAGGGCAGGGGCUUUGAAGGGUGUGGCGCAACGACAGCCCAGAUCUGUGCUUCGUGAAGGAAACGCAGAAGGGGUCUUGGAGGAAGCGGUGCUGGAAACAAAGUUCUUUGAUUAUCGGGAGAGAUAUGGCAUCUCAGAUCGACGAACUCUGGACGUUUUCUUCCAACUCUUUGACCUCUGGAUCAUGCUGUACCGGCUAAACAAGGCAGACGAAGCUCUCAAAGAGGUGAUGCCAGCAUGCGAGUGGCGCCAAGAUGACCUUACGGUCAAGGCUAUCCAGGCACUUGCUUUCACGCGCUGGAAGCAGGGCCGCUUGAAGGAGGCUUUGACAUGGUUCCAUCACAUGGAGGGCCUUCUGGGCAAAAGCGCGGCUCUUUGUGAAAACAUCGGGCAUACCUACAACUCGCUAGGGAUGCCAGCAGAAGCAGAGAUGUACUUCGAGCAAGCUCUCGUGCUCCUGAGCAUGAAUGUGACCACGGAGCAAAGCAAAGGCGGCAGUCUCCUUGGACUCGCCGGGGUCCGAGAGAAGCAGUCCAAGUACCUGGAAGCCCGCGAGUCCGCACAAGAGGCAUACAACCUCUACAAGGAGCGAGACAUCGAGAACGGCUGGGAGUCAUCCCUUACAGCCAAAGCAGCUAUGGCUCUCAGUAAGCUCGACCUGAAGCUGGGAAACCUGGAAGAAGCCGAGAAGAAGUGUGAGGAGGCCGUUCGCCUCUUCGAGUCGACUUCGGGCGAGGAUUCCCCGUUGCUUGCCACCGCCUUCAAGCGCCUGGGAGAGAUUCGCAUGAAACAGGAUCGACGGGCCGAGGCCCGUACCGCUUUUCACAGCGCCUACAAGCUGGAGGCGAUCAAAGAUGCCUUUGACCUCACUGAAAUCGUCAUCAUCCAUCAGCAGCUUACGGAUGCCCACCUCGCGAACGGAGAGCUGGACAGAAAGAGCUUCAAGCCCUACUUUCCCACGGUUGCCCAGGUCCUGAAGCGUGUCUACGACAUGAAGCAGGACGGCAAUGCUGGUGCUUACUACAAGCUGGCGGGAGAGCUCUUCGUGCUUGGAGAAGAUUGCGAGGCCGGCAAGUCUCUCCUGUUCGCGGCCGUGGCGCUUCUAGAGACGGAGUCAUCGAUCGACACCUCCGGCAUGGUGAGGAGCUGCAAAGAUUUGAUCAGCUUCUGCGGAGGGACUUACAAAUGA